AACCGUAGAGAGCAUAAUCACGGACGUGGUAUCGGUGAUCAAAUUCAGAUAUAUGGCAACUCUUGAAAAUUCUUUCUACGCAGACCUUGACGAGUUAUCAGACAAUGAAGCAGAACUGGAUGCUAGAACAGAGGAGGAGGAAGACAAUAUUGACAUGGACAUGGAAGACCUAGAAACCCUAAACUAUGAUGAUCUCUCGAGAGUUUCGAAGCUACAAGAAACUCAUAGAUACGCUGAUAUAAUGCAGAGAGUGGAAGAGGCUCUCGGGAAGGAUUCGGAUGGAGGAGCAGAGAUGGGAACUGUAUUGGAAGACAAGCUUAUCGUUGAUUGCAAUCAGCUCUCAGCUGAUAUCGAGAAUGAGAUUGUGAUCGUCCACGACUUUAUCCGCGACAAGCCUUCAGUUACUACUUUAACCACAAAAGGGAAACCACUUCCAGAUAGUAUCCUACGAAAUACGUUAGACGCUUGUGAUCACGCUAUUGAUCUUGAUUCGGCAAGGAAAAAGGUUCUUGAGUUUGUUGAAAGUAAGAUGGGAUCUAUCGCACCAAAUCUCUCUGCUAUUGUCGGGAGUGCUGUUGCAGCCAAGCUUAUGGGAACUGCUGGAGGUUUAUCGGCACUUGCAAACAUGCCUGCUUGUAAUGUUCUAGUUGUUGGCCACAACAGGAAGAACCGUGUCGGAUUCUCUACUGCACUGUCACAGUCUCGUGCGGGUUAUUUGGAGCAGACGGAGAUUUUCCAAAGCACGCCUCCUGAACUUCGAAUGCGCGCUAGCAGGCUCCUGGCUUCAAAAUCGACUUUGGCAGCAAGAGUUGACGCUACUAGAGGAGAUCCAUCUGGAACAAACGGGAAAGCUUUGAGGGAGGAAAUCCGCAAGAAUAUUGACAAGUGGCAAGAACCUCCUCCUGCAAGGCAACCUAAGCCACUUCAUGUUCCUUAUUCUGAGCCAAAAAAGAGAAGGGGUGGUCGCCGCCUAAGAAAAAUGAAAGAAAGGUAUCAAGUGACAGACAUGAGAAAAUUGGCCAACAGGAUGGCGUUUGGUACACCCGAAGAGAGCUCUCUUGGUGAUGGAUUAGGUAUCGGAUAUGGAAUGCUUGGUCAGGCUGGGAGCAAUAGGCUGCAUGUUUCGAGCAAACUGAAAGUUAAUGCUAAGGUCGCCAAAAAGCGACAGUUCACAGGUGGUUCUACUACCUCUGGUUUGACGACAUCAAGUCUGGCUUUCACUCUUGUGCAAGGAAUAGAGUUGUGCAAUCCUCAGGCAUUAGGAUUAGUCAGUGGGAUUCAAAGCACUUACUUCUCAGAGUCGGGAACUUUCUUCAAACUCAAGAAGAUUUAAACUUCCCAUACAGAGAGAAACAACUAGAAGAGGACAUCUCCAAUGAACCUAUAUUUCUUACAAAUGAAUACUAGAUUUUAAU